UGCGUGAUCUUCAUUAUAGGAGUAGCAGCAGCGGCAAGAGCAGUAAUAGAUCAAGCACCAUGUGYCGGUGGACUAUGUUCGUCGGGCCGGCGGUUGGGCUGGACGCCGUCCUCCUGAAGCCGUCUCACUCUGCUAUCGACAUGGCGACCAGUCACUACAUCCCUCACAUUCUGCACCCAAAAUCGGACCUGGUGGACGUGCUACUCCAUGCACGGCGUAACCACCCCAUCAACCUUGAUGGAUUCGGCGUUGGCUGGUACCCGCUCGACGACACCUCUCCCUCCUCCUCGGCGUUGAAGGCUAGGGCGCCGCCAAUGGUGUACAAGACAGUGAAGGCCGGCGCGGAGGACGAUCGUCUCAAGGAGCUGGCGCAGACGGUUAAGAGCGAGUGUUUCUUUGCGCACAAUCGAGCAAGCACGGCCGGAGAGGUGACAGUGGAGAACUGCCAUCCGUGGACGUACGGAAGGUUCAUGUGGAUGCACAAUGGCGGGAUCGCGCGGUUCGCGCAGGUUCGCUGCUUCAUGCUGGCGGAGAUGGGUGCAAGGKUCGCGGCGCAGAUCCAGGGGCAGACGGACUCGGAGGCGGCUUUCUUCCUCUUCCUGCACUUCUUGGCGGAGGGCCACGCGCAGGCGGCUCCGCAGGAGGGGUCCCGCGAAGAACGGCAAGCUUGCGAUGACGACGAGAGGGCUUUCAUUGAUCCGGAGAUGGCGAUCCGGCUUCCCAGCACCGCAGCGAUGCUGGAGGC